AUGAGCUGGAAAGUUUUGUGCAUUUUUUUGCUGAUUUUGGUGCCAUGUAAGUUUCACACAUUCAUUAUUGGGCUCUUUUUUUUACAAACAAAAAAAUCUCUUGGAAAAUUUUUUGGACCUUUGGAAUUUUUAAUUAACGAACGAGGAUUCUCAUAUAUAUGAAAAAAGAACGCUUUUUGCCUAAGCUCCGCCCACAUUUCUCCGUAAAGAUGAGUAUUUUUCAAAAAAAAGAAGCCUAGUAGGUCAAAGAUUCUGUCAUCCGGAAAUUAUACAAGUUCUUCCUCUUUUUUUUCGGAAAAAUACACAUUUAUUAAAAAUUCUGCUCUUCAGAAUUCUGCUCCUGUUUUGUUUGUUUGUGAUGUUUCGAGUGACUUUUUCAAGGGUCCCCAGGAAUAAGUUUUUUUGUGAGCUUCUGAUUUUUCUCAGUGUUUUGGAUCAGGAAAAAAUUGAUUUUUUCUGGAUUCUAGAAUUUUUUAAAUUCAAAUUUCUGAUUUUUGAUUGAACCUGAGGAAUAGUUUUGAGCCCUGAGCCCGAUUUUCAAAAUUUCUAAAUUAUUUACCACGUGGAUUUCGGCUAAUUGUAGUCUCAAAAAGAAUUUCCUAGUUUUUGUGAGCUUCUGAUUUUUUUCCGAAUUUUUUUCUUGCAUCAGAAAAAAAUUGAUUUUUUCUGGAUUCUAGAAUUUUUUCUACAGUACCCCAAGAAAAAAUAGUGCCAAAAAGUUGCGAAAAAUUCGGUAGAUCAAAAAUUAUAGCCCCCAAAAUCUACUGUAGCUCUGAAAGCGCUUCGGGACCCAGAAAAUGAAUGAAACUUUAUCCUGAAAUAUUGGUAGAUCAAAAAUUAUGGCCCUCCAAUAAUCUACAGUAACCCCUGAAAGUUCUGGAACCCAAAGCAAUCCUGCUAAAAAUUUUUGUGAAUUCAGAGCUACAGUGAACUCGAAAAAUGAGCGUUAAGAAAAUUUAGAAAACAUUUUCAAGUUUCCUAGAUUCAGAUAUUUUUUAGAUUUUCAGAGGGCUUUUCAGAUUUCAAAAAUCAGAUUUUCGUCUGAAUUUUUCGAAAUUCACCGUAGUUUUUUUCAACUAUGAAAUUCUCUCAAAACCUUUUUCGAAAUUAGAAAUUCAAAUUUUCAGUUUCCAAAUUUUUUUUCAAAAAUUUAGACUUACAGAAAAUUCGUGAUUCAAUUUUUUAAAAAUUUCCAAAAUUUAGAGUUUUUUGGGUUUUCACAGAAAUACUCCUUCUCAAUUCCCUUUUCCUUUUUUCUCCAUUUUUUCCACCCACCACAACCAUCAUAAAUUGUUCCAAGUCUAGUGGAAUAAUCUACUUUUUUCCUCCUCCUCCUCCUAUCUUUUCUCCUUCUUCUUAUUUUUCCUUUUUGACUGGGGCACCACGAUUUUGUUUUAGUUUCCAAAACCUUGGGGAAUAUUUAGUUGGGAUAUUAUCAUCUUUCUAUAAUCUUCCAUGUUUUUUUGGUGCUCAAAGCAACGCAGAAGAAAAGAGCAAAGUUUUGAACACUUCAAAUUUUCCAGAUUCAGUCAGAUGUUCUCAAGUUUUUUAAUAAUCAUCUCAACAUUUUUUGAGAUCAUAGUAGUUUGUGAAAAAGGUAAUUAACCCAGAAAAAAACUAGACUGGAAAAUUUUAAGAUCAAAAAUAAAGGUUAUUUUUUGCAGGUGUCUGGGCUGGUGAUCAUGAAAAAAAGUUGUACGCCAAGUUGGCGGAGAAUUAUAAUAAAUUGGCGAGACCUGUGAGAAAUGAGACGCAAGCGGUUUUGGUUUUACUUGGCAUGGAUUAUCAGCAGAUUUUGGAUAUUGUGAGUUCGGGAGAAUGAUAUUUGAGCUUUAAAAACUUUUUCUGAACAAUUCUAAUUUUUUGGGAUCUUUGCGAAAUUCUAAAAUCGAACUCAAUGAUAGAUUUUUGUUCCCACGAACUUUUGAAUGAUUAAUUGAGGGUCUGAAAUUUGCUAGACCUUAUUUUCAGAUAAAUAUUUCUCCUCUGUAAAAUCUUCAUCAAUUUUAUUUUCGGAAUUAAAAAUCAGUAUUUCAAAAUUGUGGGUAAUUCGGAAAAUUUUUUUUUCUUAAAGUUUUGAAGCUAAUAAAAUUCACACAUUUCUGAAUAAUUGUAUCUUCUGAAUUAAAAAGUACUUCAAAAGAUUGUGCGAAAAAAAUCUAUUGGAAAUUUUUUUUAGAAAUGUUAGAACUUUGGAAAACUCUGAUAGACUUUAGACAUUUCAGGAGUUUAGGGGUUCAGAACUAUUUUUGAAAACACAAAGUUUUGAAGCUAAUAAAAUUCCCAAAUUGAUAAAAUCUGGUUCUAAAAAUUUUUACUGUAAAAAUUAUCAUACAUUGGGAAUUCGGAACUUCUAGAAUUUUGAAAAACUCUGAUAGAUUCUUAACAUUUCAAAAAUUUCCCAAAGUUGAUCAAAAUCCACGUGUAAUUUUUCCCUGCAAAACCAUUUUCCUCCAGGACGAAAAACAUCAAAUAAUGAACUCCAACGUGUGGCUUCGAAUGUCCUGGAUCGAUCAUUAUCUAACCUGGAAUCCCGAAGAAUACGGUAACAUCAAAGAAGUUCGCCUGCCAAUCGGAAACAUCUGGAAACCCGAUGUUCUUUUGUACAAUAGUGUAGAUCAACAAUUCGACAGUACCUGGCCAGUUAAUGCUGUUGUAUUUCAGUUAGUUGAUUUCUAGAGGGGAGAUCCUAAAUACCUAAUUAAUUAAUUAAUUAUUUUUAUAGCACCGGAAAUGUGACAUGGAUUCCGCCAGCAAUUAUUCGCUCAAGCUGUGCAAUUGAUAUUGCCUACUUCCCCUUCGACACACAGGUUUGGUUUUUGGGGCCCCCAAAUUUAGGGGCCUCAAAUUUGAGGGCCCAAAUUUAAGGCCCCAAAAAAAUUAUUUUCAGCAUUGCACAAUGAAAUUUGGCUCCUGGACCUAUUCGGGAUAUUUCACCGAUCUUGUAAACACCACAAUCUCACCAGCAACUUAUAAACCCAAUGGCGAAUGGGAACUUCUGAGCCUGGCUUCAGAAAGAUCCAUAUUCUUCUACGAAUGUUGUCCGGAGCCCUAUUAUGACGUCACAUUUACCGUGUCAAUUCGUCGGCGAACCCUCUACUAUGGUUUCAAUUUGUUGUUGCCGUGUAUGUUGAUCAGCUCGUUGGCAUUGCUCAGUUUUACAUUGCCGGCGGAUUGUGGCGAGAAAUUGAAUUUGGGUGUCACGAUUUUUAUGUCACUUUGUGUUUUUAUGAUUAUGGUGGCUGAGGCGAUGCCGCAGACGAGUGAUGCGCUUCCGUUGAUUCGUGAGUGAUGGUAGAUCAAGUCUAGGUUACUGUAGAUUGUCUGGGGUACUGUAGAUCUCUAGAAAUCUUGUGGAUGAGAAGUUUUGUUGGGAUUACUGUAGACGAAAACUGUAGAUCAAAAUUCUGCCGUGUAAGUACUGUAGACCCAAAGAAAAUUUUUCGAGAAUACCGUAUCUUGUCUGGGAUACUGUAGAUCUCUAGAAAUUCUAGAAUUCAGCAAGAUUUUAAUGUAGAUCAAAUAUAGUGGCAUGAAAUUUUGUGAAUACUGUAGAUAGCCCUCAAAAUUAAAGAUUCAACUGGGGUACUGUAAAAUGAUCUGCACGGAAAACAACGAGAUUACUGUAGAGGAAAAAAAUUCUAGGAUUACUGUAGAUCAAAAUGUAGAUCAAAAUUCAGAAAAGCGUUCAAGUACUGUAUCUUAAUUUCUCCAGAAAUCUACUUCUCUUGCAUAAUGUUCCAAGUUGGCGCCUCUGUCGUCGCCACAGUAAUCGCUCUCAAUUUCCACCAUCGAUCUCCCGAACAAUAUCGACCGAUGAAUUCGAUUGUAAGUUUUUUUUUUAAAUAUUUUUUUACAAAAUUUUACAAAAUGUUUUUUUAGUUGAAAAAAAUCCUGCUUGUCUGGUUGCCGGCGAUUUUGGGAAUGGAACGACCGAUGUGCUCGAAAUGGCAUUGUUCAAUUCACAUCAUUCGACAGAGUCGAAAAAGUUGGUGGAAAUGUUUUUGCAGUGGGGGGGGUUUGGGGAAUAGAAAGGGCUAAAAUUGAGCAUGGAAUUCAGCUCGAGCUGGAAAUUUUGAACCUUAAAGUUAGGCUGAAAAUUAUGAGCCUUCAAAAUUCAGAACCUUCAAAGUGAGCUUGGAAAUGUGAGGUUUCAAAUUCUGAGCUUUCAGAUUCUGAACCUAAUUGUAAAAUUAAAAUGAAAAUUUUAAGUCUUCAAAUUCUGAACCUUGAAAUUGAGCUCAAAUUUCUGAACCUAUAUAUUCAGCUCACGAUUCUGAAUUUUUAAUUUAGCUUAAAAUUCUUGAUUUCAAAAUUCUGAGUCUUCAAAUUCUAAGCCUACAUUUUUAAUUAAGCUAAAAAUUUUGAACUUAUAUUUUUUACGUCUCUUAAGCUCCAACCAAUUUUCUAAUUGAAUUUCAGGCUUCUGGAUUCAUGGAUCGUAAGCUUUUAAAUUUUUUCCCAAUUUCCAGAAAACAACGUCAAUAUUUGAUCGAAGUUGAGCGGCACAUUCUAACGCGUCCGAAUUCAAAUGGCCAUUCGGCGAUCGAUAAAGCGAUUCAUCUUGAUUUAUCCACAAAUCAUUCAACAACAAUCAAAUCACCCAAAAAAUUGCCGAAUUCUCAAAUUGGAAAUGGAAAUGGGAAUGGAAACAUCGAAUCAAUUAUGAAUAAAUAUGCAAAAAUGCCGAAUGGAGCUGGAUAUUCGCCGACGAGAAAUAUGACUGUUCCACAGAAAUAUAAUAUGAGCAAUUGUAAUAACAAUAACAGUAAUGAUCGACAUUUUCGUGAUGAUCGACAUUUUCAUCAUAUUUUGAAUGAGUUGAGAGUGAUUUCGGCAAGAGUUAGAAAAGAGGUUGGUUUUUGGGAGACAGAGACAGAGAGAGAAAUAGAGAACCAGAGGAUGUUAGGGAUGCAGAGGGUGUUAGAGCGACAGAGAUAGUUAGCGAGACAAGGAAAGUUAGAGAGCUAGAGAAAUUUCCACGUGGAUUUGGGAGAGAAUCUCUGAAAACUUCUGAACUGCAAGGAUUACUGUAGUCUUGUCUGUUCCUCAAAAUUUCAAAAUUUCCCGCUAAAAACUGCAAGAAUUACUGUAGCCUUUGAAACUUUACCGUGAAAUUUUCGAAAUUCAGAAAAAAUUUGGGAGCAAACUGCAAGGAUUACUGUAGACUAGUUUUUCCCGUUAAAUUUUAAGUUUUCCUGCCAAAAACUGCAAGGAUUACUGUAGACCUAAUUUUUUGAGCUAAGUUUUUGGCGUCAAACUGCAAGGAUUACUGUAGACUAGUUUUUUUCCGCAAAAUUUUAACAUUUCAAAUUUUCCUGCCAAAAACUGCAAAGGUUACUGUAGCUUUUGAAACUUUACGGUGAAAUUUUCGAAAUUCAGAAAAAUUUGGGAGGAAACUGCAAGGAUUACUGUAGUCAAGUUUUUUUUCCGCGAAAUUCUAAAAUACCAAAUUUUUCUGCCAAAAACUGCAAAGAUUACUGUAGACUUGUUUUUUCCGCGAAAUUUUUGCCGUCAAACUGCAAGGAUUACUGUAGACUAGUUUUUUUCCGCAAAAUUUCAAAUGUUCCCACCAAACACUGCAAGAAUUACUGUAGCCUUAGAAAUUUUGCCGUUGAAACUGAAAUUCAGAAUAAAAUGCCUGGCGUCAAACUGCAAGGAUUACUGUAGCCUUUGAAAUUCAAAAUAAUAUUUUUGGCGCCGAACUGCAAGGAUUACUGUAGUCCUAGAACAUUUAGCGCGAAAUUCAAAAUAAUAAUUUGCAGGAAGCCAUGCACGCCCUCCAAGCAGACUGGAUGUUUGCAAGUCGAGUCGUCGAUCGAGUCUGUUUCCUCCUCUUCUCAUUCUUCCUCUUCCUCUGUACAGCCAUCAUCUCCUAUUAUGCUCCACAUCUUUUUGUAUAA